UGAUAUGCUUAAAUGGAGGUAGUUGGAGUGGAAACUCUUGCAUCUGUCCCACUGGUUACAAUGGAGAGCAAUGUGAGGAGAAGGACAUUGUGUGCGAGAAUGGGGGCACCUGGGAUGGAAUCAAAUGCAUCUGCAGUGUCCUCUUCUAUGGCACUAAGUGUGAAUUGGUUUCAGACAGCCUUCCCAUAGGAACUCCUCCAGAAGAGGUCAAUGCUACCGUGGGAGUGAAAGUGACUGUGACCAAUAUGGAAUUUACAAAGGACUUAGAAAACACAUCUUCGGAUGCCUACAAGAGUUUCGCUGAACUGUUCAAAACACAGAUGGAUACCAUUUUCCAAAACGUCUCUCACUAUGUUGGUGUGGAGAUCAAGAAGCUUUCAAAUGGCAGUAUACUGGUGGAGUAUGAUGUGAUCCUGUCAACAAGUUUCACCCCAGAUUACAUGACAGAAUUGGAGACUAGUGCAAAGAAGGUAGAGGAAACAAUUACAACAGUAAUCAUUGAGCAAGGAGACACAAACUGCACAGAAAUAUUAUGUUUCAACCCCAACGAGACAUCAGUGGAUGAGCUUAUAGUUUCCUAUGAUCCUCUGGUGGAAUGCCAAGAGACUGCUGGAGAAUUUAAGGAAUUCUUCUACAUUGACUACAAGGACGAAACACCAGAGUGUAUUAACAGAUGCAUGCAAGGCUUCAACUCAUCACUGGACUGCAACCAGGGAAAGUGUCUGUUCCAGCAGAGUGGGUCUCGGAUAGGGCCUCGAUGCUUCUGUUUCACAACAGAUACACACUGGUACUGGGGAGAAACCUGUGACUUCAGCACCAGUAAGAACCUGGUGUAUGGGUUAGUGGGCACCUUAGGGGCAGUGCUGGUGCUCACCAUCGUUGCCCUCUCUGUCUUCAUGUACAUGUCCCGGAGGAAGAUCCAAAGGCAGAAGGCCAGGCUGGAUCAAGUGUAUAAAUGGCAUGAAGAGGAUGGAGGACCAGCUCCUGGGAGCUUUCAGAAUACAGGCUUUGACAUCUGUGAAGAACCAGAAGAUUCUCUUUACAUGGAUUCCACCUACAGUAAUUUCCAGCCCUCCUUAGAUCACAUUGACCCUGAAAAGAAGAUCCAGAUCCAAAGGCCACAGGUGGUAAUGACCUCAGUAUGAAAACUCACAGCUGAAGAAAACCUGUAGGUGGAACCCUACAAGGAGACAAGAAUAUCAUUUGUAAUACUGCCAAGGAAAGAAGUGCCAAAUCCUCAGUUAGUGAGUGGAAGAACAGAGGCCUGGGCUUUGUUGAUGUGAGAUUAUGUAUGCAAAUUGCCUUGUAAACCAUUACUUGCUAUGCAAACUGAAUAUAUAAUUAUUAUUUUUAUGUUUCUUACUAUUAUGGCAUUCUUUUUAUUGAUAUUCCAAGGACACUGUUCUCCCACAAUGUAGGUGCUCACCCAGCACCUCAACGGAGCUUCUGGCUGCAUACACAGAGGAGAGAGAGGACUGCAUGAAGGAUGAAAGAGGGAGGAGGGAGGAGGGAGGAGGGAAGAGAGAAGAGAAAGCACUUUAGAAAAGACAUCACUGUGGUCAUUGCUGACUUCUGACAUUUAGGGGUUGGUUCCCUCGGGGUGGAACUUUUCUCCCCAUUCAGUUACAGUAAAACAGAGAAUUCACAUAUGCAAAUACGUAUAACACUGAGAUCUUUCUCUUUUUCUACAUAUACACAGGCAUAUGCUUAUGUACACACAGAAUCUGCAGUUGAUGGUGUAGAAUAGUCCCAGACUAUGGCAGGAACUUGAGGAUAAAAGGACGAAACAUUUCUGUUGGAUUAACCCAAGGCCCCUUGGGAACAUCAUGGAGCACGUACUAAGCAGACAGCUGACUGUCUCCUGAAGCUUUCAUCUUUCAGGCAGGAGCCUUGGAAGUGGGGUUGAUGCAGAACCACUCUGGUCACCAAUGAUGGAAUGCAUCUCCUCUAGAGCCCAGGACCAGUACUGACCCAUGUCCAGAUAAUAUUCACCCCUAAUAUUUGCAUAUUGCUUUCUGCCUUUUUUUUUCUAAAGGCUUC